AUGGAGAUCGGGCUCAGCGUGUACAAGAACAGCCAGAAGUUCACGGUCCAGGAGGCGCCGGAGAGCAUGCCCCGGGGGCAGGUCCCCAAGAGCGUGGAGGUGAUCUGCGAGGGCGAGCUGGCCGACAAGGCGAAGCCUGGUGACCGCGUCCAGGUCGUGGGCGUCUACCGCUCCUUCCCGCCGCCGGCCACAGACUACACCAGCGGCAUCUUCCCGGCGAUGAUCAUCGCGACCAGCAUCACGGCCGUCAGGGAGCUCACCGAGGCGCCCUUCGUGUACACGGACAUGACGAACAUCAAAUCGGUCGGGGCCCGCCCCGACGCGUUCAGGCUCCUGGCGCGCUCCUUCGCCCCGGCCAUCUGCGGCCACGACACCGUCAAGGAGGGCCUGCUGCUGCAGAUGAUCGGCGGCACGGAGCGGAACCUGAAGAACGGGACGCACCUGCGCGGCGACAUCAACGUCCUCCUCGUGGGCGACCCUUCGUGCGGCAAGUCGCAGAUGCUCCGCUUCGUGAUGAACGCGUCGCCCCUGGCCAUCGCCACCACGGGGCGCGGCUCCAGCGGCGUGGGCCUCACGGCUGCGAUGACGAAGGAUCCGGGCUCGAGGGACUUCCACCUGGAGGCGGGCGCCAUGGUCCUUGCGGACAGGGGCGUGAUCUGUAUCGACGAGUUUGACAAGAUGGGCGCCGGCGACCGCGUGGCCAUCCACGAGGCGAUGGAACAGCAGUGCGUGACCAUUGCGAAGGCCGGCAUGCACGUGAAGCUAAACUCUCGGUGCGCGGUGACGGCCGCGGCGAACCCGAAGUACGGCACUUUCGACGACUCCAUGGACAUCGCCGCGAACAUCAACCUGCCGGACUCGCUACUCUCCCGCUUCGACCUGGUGUUCGUGGUCCGCGACAAGACGAAUGAGGAGAUCGACCGCAAGAUCACGACUCAGGUGCUGCGGCAGGCCAUGCUGCGCCUGGAGUCCGAGAGCGCGCGGCGCGGCGUGGAGCAGAUCCACUCGAGCCUCCUCGAGCGGAAGAAGGAGGCCGACCAGAGCGAGACCCCAGAGGCCACCAAGGUCUACGAGCGCAGCGCAGGAGACGCCUCCGAGAUCGUGACGGUGGACUUUCUGCGCAAGUACGUGAAGUACUGCAGGCGGUUCACGCCGGUGCUCUCGGCGAGGGCGCAGGAGGUGGUCUCGGAGAAGUACGUCGACAUGCGGAUGAGGUUCCAGAGCAGCAUCACCGAGCUCAGCAAUCCGAACUCGACGAAGAAGCCGAGGCUCGCGGUGACCACGCGUACGCUGGAGGCGCUCAUCCGGCUUGCGACGGCGCACGCGAAGCUCAAGCUAAGAAAGGAUGAGGUGCUGGAGGAGGACGUGCUCGAAGCGUACAGGCUCAUGCUCGCCGCCCGCGAGGAGGACGCGCCCGCGGCCGAGGCCGCGCCCGCCGCCGGCGCGGUCGACGAGGGCCCCGAGGGCGGCGACGACGCGCCCGGCGGGGACGACGCCGACGGGCAGGACCAGGUUUCAGGGCCUCUCGGCAGUGGGCAGGCCUGCGCGCCUCCGACAGCGGCCUGCCGCCUCCCCCCACGGGCGAUGCCGCCGCUCAUCUGGGCCGCGUGGCUGAUGCUCGCUGGCCGCGGCUCUGCCGCGGCCUGCGAGGCCGACGGGGUGUGCGCCGAGGAGGACGCGGACGCCCCCGCACUGCUACAGCUCGAUCGGCGUGGUGACACGGCGCUGCUGGGAUUGAGUAUGAUCAAGCGCGCGGACCUGGAGCGGACGUCGAUCAUGCACAUCUCGGCGCAGCUGUCCGCGACCUGCGCGGUGGGGGCGCACGUCGCGUGCCCGGGCAGCGGGAACAUGUGCGCGGGCGACCAGUGCUGCCCGGCCAUCAACGGGGACGGCAGGUCGACCUUCAUAUGCCCGUCUGCGAGCCCUGGGUUCAAGAACUGUGGCAUCAAGAGCAAGCUGCGCGCGGACUGCACCGGCACGGACACCGUCUUCUCUGUGCCGACUCCCGCUCCCGCGGGCGCGGUGCCCACGCCCGCGCCCGGCGGCGCGCCCCCGACGCUGCCGCCGGGCUGGGAGUCGACCAUCGACCCCGCCAGCGGCAAGCCCUACUACUUCAACCGGGCCACCGGCGAGCCUGCGGCGCCCGUCGACCCGGUGCCGCCCACCACGACGCUCCCGUCCACGCCUCCCGGAGCUGGGACCACGGUCGCGCCCGGCAUCCCCACGGCCGCGCCAGGCGUCAACCCGCCGUUCACGCCGCCCGGGGCUGGGACCACGGUCGCGCCCGGCAUCCCCACGGCCGCGCCAGGCGUCAACCCGCCGUUCACGCCGCCCGGGGCUGGGACCACGGUCGCGCCCGGCAUCCCCACGGCCGCGCCAGGCAUCCUCCCGCCGUCCACGCCGCCCGGGGCUGGGGCUGAUCCCGUCACACAGCCGCCGCCGGAUGUCGCCCCGCCGUCAGGGCCGCCGAUGGUGCCGAUGCUGCCGCCUGGAGGCGGGCCGGGAGCUGGCCCAUACUCGCCGCUGCUCACGCCGCCUGGAGCGGGGUCGAUCCACGGCACGGUGUCCGUCGCGGGGGUCGCGACGGGUGUAGCCACGGUGGGGUUGCCCACGGUGUGGGAUGGACCGACGUCGCCAGGGACCAGCACAGGCUGGUACUGGCAGGAUUGCCCCUGGUCUGAGGAGUGGGGGCAAAGCAGUUGGCAACCAGGGUCUGGCGGCUACUGCGGGUCCGUUAGGUACGAGGGCAGCGGGCCCUCUGGACAGGAGCGCGGCGACGACAAGUUCGUGCCCGAAUGGGACGGGAAAGCCGUGCCUCUAAGGACGUACGAGCGGCGCGUGAAGAUCUUCGAGCUGAACGCGGCCAUCCUGCCCGAGCGUCGGGGCGGGCGGCUUCUCUCGAGGCUCAAAGGUGACGCUGAAGCCAAAACAGAGAACCUCGACCCUGAGACCCUCGCUAGGCCGGACGGCGUCCGGGUGCUGUUGCGCUAUCUCCAUGAGAAGUACGACCAACAGGAGACGCUGAAGGUCGGCACGCUCGUAGAUGAGUUCGUGGAGAAGGUCAGCCGGAACGCUGGCGAGGAGAUCAUGGACUUCGAGACGCGGUACGGGGCCAAGGUGCGCGAACUCGAGGAGGCGAUGGAGGAGCCGCUCAACAAGCACUUGAAAGCCCACUACUUCCUGAAGAAACUGCGCGUGGGCGGCGACAAGGAGAGCCAGAUCAUCACUGGUGCUGGCAACGAGCUGGUCUACGAGAAAAUUCGCGACUCGGCUAAAGCUUGCAUUCCUCGGGUGUCUAUGCUGAGGAAUCGGGCGGCGGCGCCGUUCAACGGAGCCAACCGCGAGUACCUGAACAGGAAUCGCCGGAGGCUCGGUGAACCCUUAGGCAGGGGCGGUGCCCGAAAGGUCCACGCUACCGAAAACGCCGAAGCCGAGGCUGAACGCGAAGGCGCCGAGGCCGAGGGCCCCAGCACGUCCGCCGAGGAGGACGACGACGACGAGGAGCGGGACUCGGAGGUCGACGCUGGCGUGGGCCCGAAUAUCGCGGAGAACGAGUUGGUCCCUGAGGAGCUCCAGGCGUGCCUCACGGAAAACGAGGUGCUCAUGACGCAGGCUAAGAAGGCGCGCGCCGAGGCUGAGAAGACGCGCGACUUCUACCGUGGACCUGGCGGCAGGGCCAGCGGAGGCCGAGGCGCCGAUUCCGAGCGCAUCCGGAAGCUCAAGCUGACGCUCCCGUGUAAGCGAUGUGGCAGGCUGGGCCACUGGAAGGACGACCCUGAGCGCCCUCGGGCCCCGGGGAAGGCUAGCGCGGCUGGUAAGGCGGCCGGUGCGGAAGGCAAGGGCACGUGGGUCGUGGCCCGCGCUGAAGAGCCCGCGGAGCGGGAGAAAGAACCGGCGGAGCCGGCGCACCUGGAUGGAGACUGCCCGGGCGAAGUCGACAAUGGCGUGAAGAUAACGCGCUUCAGGAGCGAGGAGGAAGAGGAGGCCUUUCCCCUAUGUCUCUCCCCUCCUUCUUCCAACCUCCAAGCCGCCGCGGGACAUCCGAUGUCCGUACUAGUCGCAGAAACGGGCGACGCUGUGUGGCUGAUCGUUGUGGACACGGCGUGUGCUAAGUCCGUGGCGGGGCUCCGGUGGUACCGGCGCUUGGCCAUCUACGUUAGGAAGAACUGGGGCAUCGAGCUCGAGACAGUCACCGAGCGCGAACCUUACCGGUUCGGACCGGGGAAGACGAUCUACAGCUCCCAAGCGUUGCUGUUGCCCAUGGAAUGGGACGGCAAGGGGGCCGUGAUUAGGAUCAGCUUGGUGGAAGAGGACGUUCCGCCAUUGAUCUCGGGCGGAGCCCUGAAGGCCCUGGAGGCCCAUAUCCACAUGAAGGAGGCCGAGAUCACACUCGGUGCCCUCAGCAAGGCCAGGCACAAGCUCAGGGAGCUGCCGUCGGGGCACCUGGCCAUGGCUGCUGUCAGUUACGGACCUGGGGGGCCAGGAGCGGGCGCGCAGGAAGCCGUGAGCCGCUGCCGGGCCGGGGCUGAGAUCGCGCUGUAUGGGCGCGUCCGCGGAUCCCCAUACGAGGACCCGUACGGCGAGCACGAGCAAGCGCCGUCUUCGGUGGCCCUGGGGCGCGCGCGCGGGCAGAUGCCGCCAUGGCGCCCGACUGUCGUGCAGUGUCGCAGCGGAGCUGCGAGGGCGAGUGUGGCAACUCGGUUGGUAUUCAUGGCAUGGAGGGCCUGGUAUCAGGAGUUGUUGGUGGAUUACCUGGAGCGGGAGGUCCUCACCCUCCGCCAGAGGGAGGACACCCCUCGAAGCAUCUGGGAGAUGCGGAAGGCAGAGCUGGUGACGCUGGCCAUGCAGCGACUCGGCUGGCAGAGGGCCCGCGCGGAGGCAGAGACCGCUGGUCAGUUGAGGCUCGUGCUUCGAGAAAAGAAGGACGAGAUCCAAGCGUCGGAAGUGGAGAAAGACGACCCUCGAACAACCUUACCGACGGGCCUCACCAAUAUGAAGUUGGCGCAGUUGCAGGAGGAGGCCGCGGUGCGGCAGAUACCGCUGACACGGUCGAACGGCGCCGACAAAAGACGGGAAGAGCUCAUCCGAGACGUCAGGCUGUUCGUGAGCGAAGGCCAAGCGGAGGCCGAAUGGACCCCAACGGAGGCACUGGAGGGCUCGAGCAAGAUGAGUCGUGCCCAGAAGAGGGAGUCAACCGGAGUGAAGACGGAAGAGAGUAUGGAGGUGGACUCCGGCACUGGGCCUGCCGAGCCGUCGAGCGGUUCAGCGGCCGCGCGGGGGACGCGCCCGGCAUGCCUGGGCAUCGCCUCGGCAUGGUUGCUUGGGGUAGCCACCCUCGGGACCUGGCUCGAGGAAACUGGCGGCGGGCAGUGGGCCCGUCACCGUUGGGGUACGGACCGCGUGGACGUGGUCGAGUUCUUCGGAGGCGGCAGUGACGUCAGUCGCAUCGGAUCCAAGAAUGGUUGGUGGUGUCUCCGUCCUUGGGACGCGAAAUGCGGAGCCGACCUCGCACAGGAGUCCGAGCAGUUGGACGCGUACGGGCUUUGCAGCCUUGCCUUGUACCCUCGUGACGUGCCUUGCAUCUUCUCGGCGGGCGGCGGCAGUGAGGAUGGGCCGCCCCGCAAGCGCGCGAAGCGCUCGAAGGGCCCGGGCGCCCAGAUCACGCCCACGAGGCUGAACACCCUGAGUCUCCUUGUGGCGAAGACGUUCGCGUCGACGAGGGAGCAGCAGCUCGACCAGGGCACCCUCCUCGAGGCAGUGAACGCUGGGCUCCAGGCCGGCGAGGGCGCCUUCACUCAGGCCGAGUUCACUGCCGGCCUGGCGCAGAUGGAGGUGCAGAACAAGCUGCUGCUCUCCGAGGCGGGGCUCGUGCUCCAGACGGAGUGA